CACUCAUCUCCUGUCUAGAUUACUUCAAUACAAGGUUAAAUCCUCGAGCGAUCUCUGUAAAUUCUCCAGCUUCAAUCACCAUGCCUCCCAAGGGUGGCAAUGCAAAGAAGGAGAGUGGAAGAUCGAAGAAGGCCGAGAACGAAGCCAAGAAGCAGGAGCAAGCUGCUGCUGAGAAAGAAAGAAAAGAGGCCGAUGCAUGGAAGGAUAAGGACGUGAAAGGUGGGAAGGCAAAGGCGGAGGAGAAAGAAGAAAAACGCAAGGCAGAGCUUGCACGAAAAGCGGAGACCGCGCGGUUGCUUGCUGAAGAGGAGGCUGCGGCUGCCCCCAAAGUCAAGGCUGCGCCGAAGGCUGGCGCGAAGAAAAAGGCUGACGCCAAACCUGCUGGCCCAGGAGCGAUUGCUGCUGCUGGUGGGAUUGCCGAUGACGGUGGGGAGAGGCCGCCGACGGGCAGCGAGCCUGCGGCUGAAGUGGAGAGCUUUGCUGCGACGGGUAUUGAUAAUGCUUUGGAUCUGCUUGAGGUUGUGACUGCGAAGAUGGAUAAGGCCAGUGUUGGUCAGCAGGCUGCAGGCAUCGAGAGGCAUCCCGAGCGUCGUUUCAAGGCUGCGUAUGAAGCGUACACGGAACGUGAACUCCCGAUCGUCAGGCAGGAGCACCCAGGAUUGCGUCUACAGCAGUACAAGGACCUGCUCUACAAGCAAUUCCAAAAGUCUCCAGAGAAUCCGUUUAACCAGACCACCGUGUCGUAUGACGCUUCGAAGGAAGAGAAAGUCAAAGCACUCGAGGCCAAGAAAGCCGAAGUGACGGAACGACUGCGCGAUAAGAGUUAGAAUGCAGACUGGGGUCCCGCGUGGCAGUUCUCAUGCGGAUUCGUCGUGUUGAAGUUAGCACUCUUGCUUUGGAUUAUGGAUGAGCGUACUCGCUCGUGGAAUGUAUUAUCUUGCUAAACGUUUAGACCUAGCUACC